UAACGGUCUGCGAGGAGCCACUUAUAGGUAGAUCAUUUGUUGGCUUCAACGACUUCUGCUCGCUUGUAGUUUGCUUUUCUCUGGUACAUAUUUCCCAAACAACUUUUCGGACUUGUUAACUGAACUCUUUCCGCUGCACGAUGGCCAGCUCCGGACUGCAGCUCCUCGGUUUCUUCCUCUCUCUGGUCGGUCUCGCUGCCACUGUGGGCGCAACGUUGAUGGUCGAAUGGAAGAAGCAGUACCAGGGCAAGACGCACCGCAUAUUUGAGGGUUUGUGGAUGACUUGCAGUGGCAAUGAAAGAACAACUUGUGAAUUUCAUCAGUACCUCCUGAAGCUGCCAAUUGAGGUCCAGGCUACCAGGGCGGUGAUGCUGAUCAGCGUCUUCCUCUCCACUGUGGCUCUGAUGGUCUCCACAGUGGGGAUGAAGUGCACUCGCUUCAUGGACGGCAAGUCUGAGAGCAAAUCCACAACAGCUAUGAUCGGAGGAAUCAUGUUCAUGAUUGCAGGUGUAUUGACAAUCAUUAUGACUUCCUGGUACGUCAAAAAGAUUGUUGACAACUAUCACGAAACAAAAACGCUUCAAAGCUUUGAGUUUGGUAAUGCUGUGUUUGUCAGCUGGGCUGGCGGCCUCCUCACUGCGGCUGGUGGAGCUUUCCUGGGCUGUCGAAGAUGCUCGCGGUCUCAGACGACCAGCUCCAUGAGCUCCAACAAUCACCUCCUCCCCCCCAUGGGCCCCAAGUCCAACUACGUCUAGUAAAGGAGAGGCCGCGAUAGUCAGGCUGCAGUGACAUUACAUUGGGUUUCUACUACAGGAAUAGAAAUACCGAAUAUGAAGUUUGCACUGAAAUUCAAUAUCAUUUUAUAGAUUCAAGGUUUUCUGUCACUUAGAAAGUCACUGCCUUAUCCAUGUGUUUUCUUUUAAUGUUUAUUUUAUUAUCUUUGCUUUUUAAUGACUGUUUUUAAAUGCCAUUUUCUUAAUGUCUUUCAUUUUUGUAAAGCACUUUGAAUUGCCUUGUGAUGAAAGGUGCUAUAUAAAUAAACUUGCCUUGCCUUAAUUUUUUUAUCUAGAAAAUAUUUGUGUGUGAGUACGACAUUUUGAAGUUACUCUUAACAACUCCUAAUGAAGAACGAUGUAUCAAACUUUGAAUAAAGUAGAAUAAUUGUUUUGAUGCCUGGUGGCAAAUGACUGUAAUUUUACAUUGCUGUACAAUCCACUCUACUUCAGUUCCACACUGGUGUUUAUAUUGUCUUGUUUGAGUAUUUUGUUAACCCUUAGAUGCAUAAGUGGGUUAAAAAUGAACCAGUGAGGUGGUUUUCUUGAAGUGUCUGUGUAAUUACAUUUUUGUAUCAUUUCAUAUACCAGCUAUUCCUCAAAAAACAUGUUUUUGAUGUCAUGCCAUUCAAAUUUUUAACAGCUACGGGGCAGGUAAGAGAGGGUCAGAUUUGCGGAGGUGGUAAUAUGAGGUUUUGACCGAGGAGCAGGACGUAGAUGAUGAAGAGUAGGGGGCCGAGUACUGAUCCCUGGGAAACGCCUUGGGUGACUGAGGCUGUAGCAUAGGAGUGGCUGUGGAGGGAGAUGAAGGAAGAGUGUAGGGUCCAAUCACUGGUGAAUCCCAGGGUUUAAUAUACAUAUUUAGUUUUUGUCAUUUAUACUGUAUGUGUUGUUAUUUGUCAUUUUGGAAGAUUGUUGUAUGUACAUUUUGAGAAAAAAAUAAAACUGAUUUCUUUA